CUUGUUGCGCUGCCGCAUCGGUACCUUGUUCCACACUCAGUCGUCGUUGCUAUUCCCAGAUCUGGCAACGGCCCUCUACGCACCUUCUUUUCUGCAGCAGCAUCGGUACUCCUGCGGAGCUAGCGCCUGCCGUCUUGGCCCAUCUGCGGUCGCUCCUGCACAUUCGAAGGAUACGGGGCCACUGCUUUGCUUGGCCCAGACGCAGGGGCAUCCCUCCCUACAGUUGAGUCGUUAUUGUGUCCAACCACAACAACGACGGGAACCCCCUCUUGAGUCGAGGUGUCCAACCAAAACGCAAGGUCAAACAUCAUGGACCACCAACGUCUUCCCGAGGAGCCGGGCGAUAAUGCCAAGGCUUCCGUCCAGGAGCGCGAGGAUGCUACUAGCAUCGCCAAGCCGUCAGACGCACAGGGCCGUGUCUUGGAAAUCGGCGAAACGCGCGAGAUUACCGUGACGGAGCAUGAGCUGGGUUUCUGGAAGGCCGUUCGAAUGUACCCACAGGCCACCUUCUGGUCCAUGUUCUUCUGUAUCGCCGUCGUCAUGGCCGGUUUCGACGCCCAGAUCAUCACCUCCUUCUACGCCCUCCCCGCCUUCCAGCGCAAGUAUGGCGACCGCGUCGGAGAUCACUACGAGGUCUCGGCUCCUUGGCAGGCUGCGCUCAACUUAGGAAACCCAACAGGCCAGGCACUAGGUGCCAUCGCUUCGUCUUUCCCGCUUGAAUUGCUUGGCCGGCGGAAGACAUUGGCCAUCUGUUGUUGCUGGUCGAUUGGGUUCGUCUUUGUGCAGUUCUUUGCGACUUCGAUUGGUAUGCUCUGCGCGGGGGAGAUCCUCGGUGGCUUAGCCUAUGGCUUCUACGUCGUUAUUGCGCCGACAUAUGCUUCUGAGAUCUGUCCCGUCGUCCUUCGCGGUGUUCUCACCGCGUCGGUGAACUUGGCCUUUGUUAUCGGGCAGUUUAUCGCCCAGAGUUGUGCCGCUGGCGUGGAGAGCCGACUGGACGAGUGGGCUUACAGGGUUCCUUUUUCAAUCCAAUGGGUGUGGCCUAUCGUGCUUCUCGCCGCGCUCCCGUUCGCGCCUGAAAGUCCCUACUGGUUGAUUCGAAAAGGGCGACGCGAAGACGCGAGAAAGGCCCUCGUUAAACUAACAUCAGCCAAGGACCGACCGAAUAUUGACAACGUCCUCGUUGGAAUUGAGCAGACAGACCUCCUCGAGCGUGAGUAUGAGACGUCGACAUCAUACGUGGAAUGCUUCAAGGGCGUCAGCCGCCGGAGAACGGAAAUCUCCGUCAUGGUCUACCUCAUUCAAGUUAUCGGCGGAAAUCCCCUUAUUGGAUACGCCAACUACUUUUUCGAGCAGGCGGGUCUCGAUUCAGCAGACGCGUUCAACAUGGGUGUCGGCAAUACAGCACUCGGCUUCGUAGGCACGCUUAUAUCUUGGCCGCUCAUGAACUACUUCCUGUUCGGACGACGUACAAUCUAUAACUCCGGCAUGAUACUUAUGACAGUCUUGCUCUUUGUAAUAGGAUUCUUGGGUAUUCCGAAGAACAACAAAGGCGCCGUGUGGGCUCUGGCCUCUCUCAUGGACCUCUGGACGUUCAUAUACCAGACGAGCGUCGGCCCCAUUUGCUUCGUCAUCAUAUCCGAAAUCUCAGCGACGCGCCUUCGCGAGAAGACGAUUGCCAUUGCCACCGCCGUCCAGGCGAUUGCGUCACUUGUCUUUACCAUUGCGAUGCCUUACAUGCUGAACACGGACGAGGCCAAUUGGGGGGGCAAGACAGGGUUCCUGUUUGGGGCCAUCAGCUUUCUCUGCCUGGUGUGGUGUUUCUUCCGAUUGCCGGAGAGUUGUGGCAGGACGUACGAGGAGCUUGACAUCCUGUUCCAGAGACGAAUCUCGGCGAGAAAGUUCAGGGACUACGAUUUGAUCGCCGAGGCGGAUGCGGGGGAGCAGCCAACGGGCUCAUGAGCGGGCAGGGACCCAUGAUCCAUGACGAAUGUAUAUACAGUAUAUCAUCUUCCGCCCCUGGCUCGUUUCAACUGAAAUGAAAUCUGUGGAGAG